ACAGAGGCUCCAUUGCCAUUGCUCCCCAGCACCUCAUGUCUCCCGCCAACGUCGCCGAGUCGCUCGGCAAGCUCAAGAUCGCCGACAACAUCAAGUCGCGCAAGCCCGAGCCCGCCGAGUCAUGGGAGGAUGAGGUGGAUGCCGCUGCCGACGAGAACGAGGACAAUGGGGCCGCCUCCACCCCCGCCCGUCCGUCCACAGCCAAUCUGCCGGGUCCUCCUCCGCCGACACCCUCCUCGCCCACUGAUGCUAGGCAGCGUGAAUUUCACUACCAAAACUUUGGGCCCUUAGGCUUAGAGAGCCCGCCUCAGAACUCGUCCCCUCGCGGCAGUGAGACGCCAGAACGAAGGCCAGAAAAGACAACUGCGGUCGCUUCACGACUCAUCGCCGCUGGGUUGGGGCAGAGAGCACCGAAGCGCACUCCAGAACAGCGGGAAUAUGAUCAGGCGAUGAAGGUGCAGGAGAAGAAGAAACGCGAUCAGGCCAAGGCUGAGGAAGAGCGGAAGCAACGAGAGGCAGAAGCCGCGAAGAAAGCCAUCUGGGACGACUAGCACUGUCGCCCGCAUUCAACAUCGAUAUAUUGUACGAAGCACAGUCGUGGGCAAA